UUGAAAAUAUGAGCCUUUGCUCACCAGUUCUCUUACAUCUCUAUAGCCUAACCCUAUUUAUCAAAUAUAACCAUAUAAUUUAUAUUUUCAUAACAACUUUUUAUUUACUCGCAAUUACCAUGCGAUUUGUUCUAUGGUAUGUCUUCGUGCUCAGCUCCAUGAAUGUUUUCCAAAAGACCAAUGCCAAGUCUAAACUCAAAGCAAAAUCGAAGGACGACCCAUUACAGGCUUAUAAUGAGGUCGUGCCGAGUUUGAUAAAGAACUGGGAGUCUCCAGUCGUCUAUCUGAAAAAACAAGGUUUUCUGCCCAGAAACUACGAGGAUGCGUCAAGAAUUAAGCCCAACCUGGACGCUCUGAUGCAGCGAAUAGAAAGGGCCAAACGGGAUCACACUAAAGAGAUCAUUAUGAAAGUAAGACCCACAGUAAUGUCGAAAGUUUUACCAAGAAAUCAACGGGGCUUUUUGUCCCCAACGGGCUCCAUGCUCUCCAAUUUGGAGCAGUUGAAAAUCAUUGAAGGCCAGGUAACGAAGGCCAAGUCCAAGACUAAGCCAAGUGAGCAGGAGCAACAGCUGCUGGCCAUGAAGCGGCGAUUGGAAGAGUUGCGGCCGGCAGCUAACAGUCAGGAUCAGCUAGGAUACCGUAGGCAGAUCAAACUAACUCCAAGAGACAAGGAUCCAGUGAAGUCGACAAAAAGCUAUGAUGAAAUAUUGCAGCGAAUGAUUGAAAGGACGAGCCCACACUACACAAAGAAAUCCAAUUUGCAUUUAGAAACCCAUCAAUAUCAAUUAGCAUCAGCUCCAGAAGCAAACCCAAAAAGUGUUAGUUUGCAGAUGGGUGCCAAAGAAGAUACAUCGCUGACUUUGAACCCUAUCGACUUGGAUGCGUAUAGAGUGCACAGUGCACCCCGAAAUUUAUUGGGUAAAUCCGCAGUUGAUCUGCCUAUAUCUAGAGCAGUGGAGACCCAGAAGAUCAUGUCAAACACAAAGGCACCUAACGUAGAAUCAAAGUUGCGCGCACCCACGUAUCUGAAUUGGGACAUGACAAAGGGGCGACUGGACCAUUACUCAAGAGUGGACAAGGAGGCAUAUUUGAACCAGUUGGUAAGAGUGUUCGGGCAAAAUAUGGAUUUCAAGGAGCCCACUCAAAAAGGUAAUGAGCCGACUGGUUUCUAGAACCGCUGUUCGCCUUCCCACCAGCGCGCACUCAUCUUCACACAAUGGUUUAUAAUAUAUGAGCCCUGUCCAAUGAGUCAUAAUCCAUUUGGAAUCCAUGUCCAUACACAGUAAAUUCAUAUAUACAUUUUCAUUUCCGAUUUUAUGCCGAUCAACAAUGAUACUACGUCAUAUCAAUGGCAUCAGCAAGAUAAUUUGGAUUUCAUCUGUUUACCUUGCGCAAGAAAGCAAAGAAACGCAGGAUAUUUCUGUUUACCAUUUGUUAGUACUUAAGCAUAUUUUUGCUUUCAAUGUUGAUUCAAGAUAACUUUUUUUAAUGGGUUGACUUGCAGUGUAAAACAGAGUAUUUCUGCCGUGUAA